UCGAGCAGCACAAGUCUGUGACAAGCCGAGCGGUGCCUUAAAGCAAGCAAGGAGAGCUUCAAAGAAACUCACCUGUGGAUUGUGUGGGACUGCAACAGCACCGCGACGGGGAUUUGCACGAGCGGAUCGAGGCGUAAGAGAAGCAGCAAACCCGGUGUGUGAGCCGCAGCACGUUCAUGAGUUUACUCUACAGCCUGGAUUUUCAGUGCGUCUCCCCACCAUGCACUAUGAACCUAGCUAUGGACACAGCCAACUUUUAUGAGAAUAAGCUGGGCACCUUCCAGAACUCCUACAAGCAGCCGCGGGGCGGCAUGCGUGACGAGAGCAACCUGGCAGAGCUGAGCACAGCACCGGCGAUCUACGACGACGAGAGUGCCAUAGACUUCAGCUCGUACAUCGAUGCCAUGGCAUCCGUGCCCAACCUGGAGCUGUGCAACGACGAACUCUUCGCUGACCUUUUUAACAACAGCGUCAAGCAAGAGAAAUCGGACUUGACUUACAUUGGCGCUCCGGCGCUGGGGGCGGCUCUUAGCUCCGUUGCUACUGCCAGCUUAAACAAGGACUGCGGCCGCGGCUCACCGGAGGCGGCGUACGUUAAUGCCAUCAAGCAGGAGUCGGACUGGAGUGACAGUGACAUGUCCUCGUCUCUCCCAUCGCAAAUCAAAGUCUGCGCCCAAACUAUAAUGAGCCUGCAGACUGGCCAGCCUACACCGCCCACCUCGCCUGAGCCAUCUUCUUUGCACGGAAGGGCCGGCAAGGAGAAAGGUAAAAAAGCCGUGGACAGGCACAGCCCAGAAUACCGGCAGCGACGUGAGCGUAACAACAUAGCGGUGCGGAAGAGUCGGGACAAGGCGAAGAAGCGCAACAUGGAGAUGCAGCAGAAGCUUCUCGAACUUGGCUCGGAAAACGAACGUCUGCAUAAGACCAUCGAGCAGCUCACCCGUGAGCUUAGUAACCUGAGAGGCUUUUUCAAACAGCUACCCAGCGCGCCCUUUUCCCAGCCCUCCGGAGUGGACUGCCGGUGAGCCAUCGAUGUGAUCGGCCGACAGGAUCGGACUUUAGACAGAAUACCUCAGCUACAGAGGGAGUUGGGAGAGCCGUCUGGAGCAAACUCGAAAUGAGUACUGUACUGUACUGGACGCCGCGCAGGCGCAGUGGCGCUGGCCGGAAAGCAACGUGCAUAGCAACAGCGUGAAACGGAACGCCUCCGUGGAGGUGUCGUGCAGUCUGCACCGAGAGCAGCUGUGCAACCUCUUCGGAUUUCAGACUUUAAAUUAUUUCUUAUUGUUUUUAUACAUCAAAAUGUAUUCAUACAGUUAUGGUACAGCCUUUGCAAUUACAGAAAACUUGUAUUGAAAGAGAAUUAUAUAUAUAAAAGACUGUAGAUAUA